UUAGCUUUUAAAAAGUCCCCAUUCUCUUCUUCUUCUUCAUUCAGGCGCGCUCCCUUUCUCUCCGAUCAAUCCAAACCCUUUUCUUGUUCUUCACAAUUCCAAUUCUCUGGCGAUGUCAACGGCGGCGGCGGGCGGCGACGUGGAGGCAGGGUUCGCGAAGCUCCAGGGUGAGGACUUCGAGUACUACAUGCAGACCUACUCCAUCGUCCUUGGCCGCAACUCCAAGAAGUCCACGGUCGAUGUCGACCUCUCCAGCCUCGGUGGCGGCAUGAACAUCUCCCGCCACCAUGCCCGCAUCUUCUACGACUUCGCCCGCCGCCGCUUCGCCCUCGAGGUCCUCGGCAAAAACGGCUGCCUCGUGGAGGGCGUCCUCCACCUCCCCGGCAACCCCCCCGUCAAGCUCGAUUCCCAAGAUCUCCUCCAGAUUGGGGACAAGGAGUUCUACUUUCUCCUGCCCGUUCGCAGCAUCCUUGUUGGGCCCGUCGGCCCGAGGCAUUACCCUAACCACGCCGCACCCGGGCCCGUCGUGCCGCACUAUAAUAAUUACCAUUUGGGCCCCGGCCCGGUGAAGAAGGCGCCGCGACGGGAGUACUACGAGGAAGAGUUUGAUGAUGAGGAUGAUGUUGGUGGGAGGAAGAUGCGGAGGGAUGGGUAUGAUGGAUAUGGCUACGCUGGUGGCAAGUCUUCGCUGUCCGCACCUAUGGAUAAGAAGUCUGAAGGUAGAUCCCGAGUAGAUCGAGAUGCUGAUAAUCUUCAGCUUCAGCAGCUGGAAGAAAAAGAUGUAGUAUCAUCUGUAGCUACUGUUCUUUCUGAUCUCUGUGGUCCUGGAGAGUGGAUGCCUAUGGAGAAACUUCAUACGGAGCUGUUGGAGCAAUAUAGCAGUGUUUGGCACCACAACAGAGUGAGGAGGUAUCUUACAUCAGAAGAUUGGCCUGGUCCUGAAUCCAAAGGGAAGCCUUGGUAUGGCUUGCUUAUGCUGUUAAGGAAGUACCCUGAGCAUUUUGUCAUCAACACAAGGUCCAAGGGCCGUGUCACCCUCGAGUUUGUUUCUCUUGUCUCUCUGAUAUCGUGACCUCAUUGCCCCCGGCCCCCAAAAAUCUCAAACUGGAAAGGAAACAGCUAUAAGCCGUUGGUAUGGUUUAGCUCCUAGAAAUCUGUAUAAAAUCACUUCUGUUGUUUUUGGUAAAUACUUUGUCUUGUUACUGGGUAAAUAUGUUCCCCCUCCCCUCCCCCUAGUGCUCUGAGAGCAGAAAGAACUAUUUAUUUUCUUUCUUUUUCAUGGAUUUAGAAAAUGGGAAGUUAGACUUCAAAAUUACUGAGUUGGCUAUGUCUAGUUGAUUCACCCCAUAAAUAGGUCCUCAGGGAUAUUAACUGCCUGUGGUUGAGAUGCAUGCACCAUUAUGUUUACAUUACAAGCA